AAGAAAUUCAUGUAAAAGAUAAAAAAAAUGUUUCAAAAUGUUUUGCAUUAAAAAUGCACUAAAAAAAGUAAUGAUAAUUUGGCUUGCGGAAUGGUGGUACGAGUGGUGAUGAAGCUGAAGCUGUUGACGAGACUUUAGACUGAUCUAGGUACUUUGACCCUUGGCCAAAUUAAUUGUAUAAUCAAUCAUCCACAUGAAAAAAAUCAUCAUUUUAUUUUAAAUAUAUAUUUUAUAAAUAAAUAUUUACAAGAAAAUUCAUCUACUUUUUUUUUUUGGUUUUUUUUCUAUACAUAAUUAUUUGUGUGUAAUUAAAAUAAAAUCUGUGGAGUGAUUGAUUAUAUAGAAAAAAAAAUGAAAUUAAAUUGACAAGGGUCGCAUUUAGAAUAAUGCACUUAUUUUUUUGUGCAAGCCUCGAUUCAUCCACCCUUUUACAUUUUUAACCCUUUUAUUUAUUUUUCUUUUUUUCUUCAAGCCAUGACCUUGUUUUCACAAAGACAAUGAUAUAAACGUUCCUUUCUUUAUCUUUUUCUUUAUCUUUUUUUUUUAUCUCACCCUAUUCUUUUUAUUAUUAUUAUUACUACUAAUUGAGCCACUAGUUUUUUUUGUUUUUUAUUUAAAUGACACUCGAGAGAGUGAUCAAGUGGCUCUUUCAUUGAUUUACAAUUAUUAUCUCGUUUUUUUGUUUUUUUUAUAUAUAUUUUUUAAAAUAUAAGAUAAUAAUAAUAAUAAAUGUCUUUGGGCUGAGACAAUUAUUGUGACACGUUAUGUCUCUCAGCCAAGUACGACGAGUUAGUGAUGAUGAUGAUGAUGAUUUUUUUUUUUUUUUUGAAUAAUUAAAAUUUUAAAAAAGCAAAGUUAAUGAGCAAGUUUUUUUUAUUUUUGAAAAAUUUUAUAUUAUGUUUCUGCAAAUGUGCAGCAUUUUUUGGAUAAUUAAAAAAAAUUUAAGAAUCAGUUUUUAAAUAAAUCCAUAAAUCAUCAACAACAUCACCGCACUUAUAUAUAUUUUUUUAUUUAAAAAUACAAAAGAAACAAAAAAAAUAAUAAAAAAAUAAACUUCAGUGUGAGUGUAGAAAAUAAAUACAAACAAACAAACAAACAAAUCAUACCAUAUAAUAAUAAUAGAAAUAAUCCAUAGUAUUUAUUUAAAUGAAAAUAAACUGCAAAACCGAAUUGAUUAUUUAAAUAAAAAAAAAAAAUAAAUAAACAACGAUGUGUCUCCCCUUUUACCGCAUCGUCUUAUAUUUUAAUCAAAUUAUAUAUAUAUUUUCUUUUUUCAUAAUAAUUUGUUAAAUUUGUCCCGGGCUAAAGAUUUUGGUUGAAAAAAAAAAAAAAAAAUAUUAAAUAUAAAUAAUUAUAUAAUAAAAAUAAAAAGUGUCAAAUAAUUUUUAUGUAUGAACCAGAUGUAUUCGAAAACCAGAUGUCUCAAUAAACAAUUGUAUGUGAAUUACCUUUUUAAUUGAAAUUGAAUAUACAUUUAUUUUUCAUGAAAAGUUUAUAAUUAUUAUUUGUACAUGUAUACCUAAGAAUAAUAAAUUAAAUAAACUAAAUAAACCAAGAGUCCAAGACAAGAUAAAUAGGAAGAAUUUCAAGCAAAAACCUUGACCAACAUAAUGUAUAUUUUUUAUCUUUGCUCUAGUUAUUAUAAUUAUUAUUUAAUUUCAAGUAUCAACAGCUCUUAAAAUUUAAGAAUUUGCAGCUAAUAAACAAUAUUGAUUGAAAUAAUAAUCAAAAAAAUAUAUUGCCUGAUAUUAUAUUAUUUAAAAAAAUAAAUAAAUAAAAAUUUCUAUUGCAUAACAGCUUGUGUAAUACAAGGGUGGGUGGAUGGGUGGCUGCUGUGUGCUUUGAGGGGGAUGAAAAAUAAAUAUAAUAUACACUUUGUUGCGUGCGCCGUUCGCGCAUCUAAAUGUGAUGGUGGUGAUGGUGAUGAUGAUGAUGAAGGCAGAGCAAAAGCAGAGUGCCAAGCAGACUCACUUUGUAGAUAGAUCAUAUAUACUAAAAAAAACUGCCAAGAUUAACUUUGCGUUGAAAUAUUUGUUUGUUUCAUCAUAAGGGUGUGUGCGUGUGUGUUUGUGAAAUUUAUUAUUUGUUUAUUUAAAAAACAAAAAUAAAAAUAGUAUACAUAUAUUCAAGUAUGUUUAUUAUAAUUAAUAUAUAUUGUUGUAAAUUUCAGUGAUAAGUGAAUGAAAUUUGAGAAAGUUUUUUAGGAAAUAAUAGUUAUCAAUCAAGAAAAUUUAUUUUUUUUAUUUUCAUUAUUUUUUUAUAUAUAUAUAAUGACUGAUGGAAAAUUAUAACGAUGAUCUCUCGGAUCAAUUUGACUCUUAUUUUUUGGACUUGGAAUAGACACUGACGAUAUGGACACAAUAUGGCUUCGGUACUGCGGCAUGCCUCUGGGAGUUGUUGUUUCGUCUCACCUGCCAUUAUUAUCAUCAUCUUUCUGUUACUUUGUUCACGCUCAAUCACAGGCCGUGAGGUAAUUGAUGCGCCACUGCCACAGCAAAAUUUUGUACCAUCCUUAUCGCCUCCACCACAACUACAACCACCACCACCACCACCGGGACCUAUCACCACUGCCAAAUCUCCAAGAUGUGAUCAGACAUUUGUCAGUGUACACGGUGGUCCACAAAAUGGAACAUUUAAUGCUCCAAUUUUGAUAAAUGCCAAGGGAGAAUCACAGCAAUGUGUUUACACAUUUCUUGCAGCAUCAAAUCAACGAGUGGAAAUUAUUUUUACAACAUUUGGCCUUCGUGGCACACCACCAGAUGGAUCUGCUGUUGGGGAAUUACCUGGAUGUGUUCACGAGUAUAUGGAUAUAUAUACUCAAAUACGAUCAGAAAAUGCAACAAAGCUCAUUGAAUCACCAUUUGGUGGUCGUUAUUGCGGACCCAUACCACCAAGAAAACGUAUAUCAUUUUUUCAAGGCAUUGCAUUGAGUUUUUUUACUGAUAAAAAUACAACUGGAGAAAAUUUAUUUAGUGGAAAAUAUGCAUUCAUAAAUGCCUCUGAAUUUGAAGUUGGUACACCAGCACCAAAUGCACCAUGUUCAUUUAUGAUAAAUUCAACUUUAAAACGUACUGGAAAUAUUUUAACACCAACUUAUCCAGGAACUUAUCCAAAAAAUCUUGUAUGUACUUAUAAAUUUUAUGGAGAACCACGACAGCGAGUUAGAAUUGAAUUUCGUGAUUUUGAUCUUUUUUUUGGUGGUCCACACUGUCCAUUUGAUUAUGUUAAAGUUCUGGAUGGACUUGAUGAAAAAUCACCAGUUAUUGGUACUUAUUGCGGACAACAAAGAAAUCUCGUUUUAUAUUCUUCACAAUCAAAUCUUACUGUGCUAUUUGUGACACUAAAACGUUCAGCAAAUACACAAAAUCGUGGUUUCAAAGGAAUAUUUGAAUUUUCAGAAAGCUUUGUUCAACUGGAUUUCAUCAAUAAAUCUGGAGGUACACAUAUUAGAGGAUCAGAAUGUGAUCAAAAAAUAUUAAGUCAAAAAGAAUCAUGGGGUCAUGUUGUCAGUCCAAAUUAUCCUUAUCCUUAUAUACCAAAAGUUGUUUGUCGUUAUUUUAUUUAUGGUAUGCAAGAUUCACAAAAUCUCGAACGUGUUAAACUUGAAUUUUCAGCAUUUGAAAUAUCAAAAAUUGAAGGAAAAGGAGAAAGUUCAUCAUGCACAGAUGGAUAUUUAAAAAUAUAUUUAAAAGGCCAAGAAGCAACUGAUUCUUAUGAUAAAUUUGAUUAUGAAAUGUGUGGCAAUGAAAGUAAUCCAAGUCACGUUAUGAGUGAUGGACCACGUCUUGUUAUGGUAUUUAGCAGUGGUGAGCUCAAACAAGGCAAAGGUUUCAAAGCAAAGUAUACAUUUGAGACUGAAUACAUGAUACCUGGUACUGCAUCACCAGAUGGUACUUGUACAUUUACCUAUCGUAGUUCAUCAAAAAAAAAAGGUGAUUUUAAUUCACCAAGAUAUCCAAGCAAUUAUCCAAGUGAUACUAAUUGUACAUACUUAUUUUUAUCAACACCAAAUGAACAAGUAACCAUUGUCUUUGAUCAUUUUAAAGUUAGAACAAGAAAUACAAAUAUAACAAGUGGUCAUUAUGGAUCAGAAUUGUGUCAAGAUGAUUGGCUUGAAAUAUACAACAUGUAUCAUGAUGGUACAGAAACAUUGAUUGGUCGUUAUUGUUCAAUGACUGCACCUGGACCAGUUGAAUCAAAUCUUGGUGCACUUGGUCUUAAAGUUAUUCUUCACUCAGAUUUACAACAUGUUUACAGUGGCUUCAAGGCACACUAUACAUUUGAUGUUGCUAAAUCAAUAUUUGGAGAUUGUGGUACAAACAUCAGUAGUCUUGAUUAUGGUGUUAUAACAAGUCCAAAUUUUCCAAAUAAAUAUCCUGGUCCACCAAAACAUAUGGCAAGUAAAACAUGCAAUUGGUUCAUCAGUGUUCGUCCAAACCACAAAAUAUUAUUAAACUUUGAAAUGUUUUCCGUUGAAGGAGAACAAUCUGCAAGAGGUUGUCCAGCAGCUGUAUUACGAAUGUGGAUUAGUCCAACAUCAGAUCCAAUUGAACUAUGUGGUGCAAAAGCACCAGAAAUAAGCUGGAGUCAUUUAUCUGAUGAUAAUAAUAUGCGAUUAAGUUUUAUAUCAUCCGACAAGGCUGUUGGUCAACUUGGUUUUCGUGCUGUUUGGACUGAGGUAUCAAUGACAAAUGAAUGUGAACCAGAUGAAUAUCAUUGUGAUAAUAGUCGUUAUUGCAUAAGUGCCAAUCUUAGAUGCAAUAAAAUUGACAAUUGUGGACCUGAGGAUCUUUCCGAUGAAGAAAAUUGUGUAAUUGUGGUACAAUCACAAAGUUAUGCUGUACCAGCAGCUUGUGCUGCAGCAGCAGUUACAAUUGCAUUGGCAUUAUGUAUGCUGUGUCAUAGAAAGCUCAAAAGACGUGCCCAGGAAGUACACAUUGAUGAUUUACAACAACAAGUUGAAGAUGUACGUUAUUGUUAUCAUCAUCAUCACAGUUUAUUGCAACAUGCAACAGAUAUACACUCGACUUAUGCUGCUCAUCAUGCUCAUACACACAAUUACAACAAUGAUAUUAAUCAACAACAUCAACAGCAACAGCAACAAGAACAUCAACAUCAACAUCAACAUCAUCAUCAUCAGCAUCAACACCAACAUCAACAUGUAUUUAAUUUGGAAGAAGCAAAUCAACCAAGUCCACCAAGUGAUGAUGAUGAUAGUGACGUUGAUGAACAUGUUUGUGCUGAAGAAACAAGUAGUCCAGAGACACCGUGACCAAUUUAUCAUUUGGUAAUUAUUAUUAUUGAUAAAUCAAUUGAAUAUUUUAUUAAUUUUAUAAUGUCAUGUGGAUUGGCUAAAUCAUAUCAUUCCAAAUGACAUUUUUCUAUCAAAAACAAAGAAGUAAAAUAAAUUUUAAUGCCAAGAGUUAAUAAUUUAUUAUAAUAAUUAUUAUUGUUGUUGUUAUUGUUGUUAUCGAAUAAAAGGUCAAAGUUAAAAAUAAAAAAAGAAAUGUUUUUUCUUUAAAGAAAUAUCAAGUAUAUCAAAGCCAAUCCACAUAAUAAUUAAUAACAAAUUCAAUUGCCAAGCUAGCAAUAAACUUGAUAAUCAAUUGUGUGUAAAUCCUGGCACUCAAAUUAUUAUUAUUAUAAAUUAAUAAUUUAAUUAUACAUAUAUAGGUAUAUACAAACGGAAUAGAAAAAUAAAUAAAAUAAUUGAAUGAAUGUUAAUGAAUGAUGCGGAAUUAUCAGCUUGAUCACAUUUUUUUGAUAUACUUAAUGCUAUAUAAUUUUUUAAAUUGAUUUAAAAAAAAUAAAAAGUAGGCUGGUACCUACUUGUGCUUGUAUUGAUCAUUUUUUAUAAAUAAUAAAACGCGUGCAUUCAAUCUUUUUUAUAUUUAAUAAAUAAAUAAAAUUAAUAAAUUAAUAAAUAAUAGGAAUAAUAAACGCGAUGUAUAUUUUCCCCUAGCAACAAUAAAUAUUAUUAUUAAUUUUUAUUUUUGUUGAUGACACGUUGCUUUUCACACCGACGAUAUUAAUAGUUAAUAAAAAAAAUAUACGUCAUUUCCGCAUCAAAUUUUCGUUGAAUGAAUGAAUAUUUAUAAAAAUAAUAAAAAUACGUGUUUAGAAUUAUAGAUAUAUAUAUUAUUAACAUGUUGGUCUAAAUUUUAAAAAAUCAUGUAAUUAUUCCAAAUUAAAUUAGAUAACAUUGAAAAAAAAAAAAUAGGUAUACAGGGUCCAUUUCGAGGGCCUGGCCAGUCAUUUUAAUUAGCCAAUAAUUAUUCAUCGCAUGAUUCAUGGCAUUUUAAACAUUUCAUAUUUUAUAAAGAUAAAAGCAAAAUAAAAAUUUAUAUUGCUAAUUUGCUAUUAACGAUCCAUUUGUUUUGUUUUUUUUUUUUUUUUUUUUCAUAAAUAAAUUUUCAAAAUUCUAAAUGAAAAUGAAAAAAAAAAAAGAAAAAUACUUAUUGCUAGUUGAUUGAUUGAUGAUUAAAAAAAUUAAAAAAAUACCAAUUGUAAUAGAUUUAAUUAAUAAUAAUAAUAAUAAUAAAUAACAUUAAUCGCUGCCAUUGGAGCUAUACCAAAGUAUAUUCUAAACUAUAAUUAAUAAUAAUGAUAUAUAUGAAAAUAUUUAAUUGAUGCACUGGCUAGAUAAUUAAAUAUUAAUUAAAUAAUAUUGAUAUAAUGAUUGUUGAAAAGUAAUUAAUUGUGUAAUGAUGAGGGAGCAAAUAAAAAAAAAAAUAUUAACAGGUGGUGAAAUUAUAAAAAUUAUAAUUUGAAUACAAAAUAAAAAUAAAUAAAAUAAAAAAACACUUGCUCAUCGCAUUGAAUAUUUUUUCUUAUGCGCGAAUUUUCACGUUUUAUAGUACUUAAAAUAAUAUUAAAUUAUAAAAAAAGUAAAAAAUUGUAAGGAAAAAUAAUUUUAAAAAAAUUCAAAAACAUAUGCAAGGAAAUUAUAGAAUUUCAAAUAAUAAUUUACAGAUAUUAUUAUUUAAUGAAUAUGUAAUGCACCAUCUGCAAAAAUAAAUAAUUCAAUAAAUUAAUUAAUAAUAAUAAAGAAAAA